AUGAGUGGAAGGCGAGGUGAAGUAAACGACUCUAAAAAAAUAAAACGGGUUGAUAAAACACCCCCAGUAAUUAAUUACAGAGAAUAUUUAGACAUGGACACCGAUGAAGAAGAGUUUGGCCGGCAAGAGACUCCUGAGCCGGAUGAAGAACUCCCAGCCGAGCCUGAAAAACCUGUUUUUACAGAUCAAGAAUUAGACACACUAGUUCAGUAUGUCAAAAAUUUAACCAUGACAUUUCAUGAAGAAAUAACAUUACCUCAAGAAUCAACAAAUCUAAUUCAUGAAUACUUUUGUAACCCAUCUUACACAAUCUUAACAAUAUUCUACCAAGACUCUCAAUGGAAAGUAACUCUAGACUUUCCAAAGUACCCCCAAAAUGGGCUGACUUAUUUUUUCCGCUCACCUUGGCAAGUUUACACUCCCGACAAUUUUAUGUCAACAGUAAAAUUUGGUAGUUUUAAUUAUUUUGAGAAUUCAUUAUUAAAAUUCUUCCAAAAUAUUUACGCGCCAGUCGCAUUUUCCCAUGAUCGCUGGCCUGCAGUAAAAAAAGACGAGAUAUUUUCAAACUUAAACAGAUUAAUAAGUUACCUGAAUGACUUGACGUAUCAUCCAAUGGGUCUUUCAAUCCUUUACAUCCCUCGCGAAGGGAUCGACUGUAAAAUUUCUUCCUCCAGCAAACAAAUUGACACCCGAGAAGACUAUAAGUCGGUAGAAUUUCUUCUAAUUGCCGAAGAAAAGAACGGAUUAAUUGAGCGGCUGGAAAGAGUGGCUCAGUACUGGAUAAAACAAAUCAGAGAAGUAUUAAGCGGCUCGAAUAUUCCAGUCAGACCCGCUUGCAGGACUAUUAAAGAAGAAAUAAACUUCUGGAACUACAGAUUCGAAAGUCUCGAGUGUCUUCACAACCAGCUUACUAACAAGUGCAUCACAAACAUCAUCGACACUCUGAAGACUAACAAGUCCGCAAGUAUUGAGGAAUUCCCGGUUUUAAUAACAAAAAUCGAGAAAUCGCUUGUUGAAAUAAUUUCUAAUAUUAAAUAUUUAAAUUUAUUUGUCGAUUAUUGUUGCGACUUUGAUAUUCCGGGUGAAAUAGAAGAUUAUACGACUAAAAUAUUAUAUCUGAUACGAUUCGUUGCUACAGAGUCGCAGUUUUAUAAUACCACAGAUAAAAUAGAAAUACUUUGCCGGGCUUUGGGCACACAGAUAAUGAAUCAAUCUAAAAAAUAUAUCGAUCUAACGAUUAUACUCGAUGAAGAUCCGCUGGCUGGCAAGCAAAUGCUUGAAAAUUCUAUUUUUUGUUGCCGGCAUUUUGAAGAAAUUUUCAAUCAAGUUUGUGAUUUUUAUUUAAUUUUCUUUUAA